AUGAAAAAUAGUGUUGCUCGAGUCCAACAAACUAAAACAUUUAAUUAUAUUCCAAAGGAUAAUAAUAUUCCUUUGAUUUUUGGCACAAAUUUUCAUGAUGAUCCUAUAAACAGGAACACCUUACGUAAGAGUCAUAAUCUUCUUUUGCCCAAGAAGGAAAAUGAGGCUCCACAUACCGAAUACUACUACAGUGACUCAAAAAAAAUACGAGAUCCCAAUACUCUUCUGAGCGAUGAGGCACAGGAGGUUUCUGAUGGCUUGGAGACGAACAAGUUUUCAAACACUGAUCAUAAUAGCUUUGUUGUUCAACUACUUGCAUAUUUUGUAGAGAAUAUACAGCAAAACCCCACUGAUGAGAAGCACAUUAGAAAGGUAUGCAUCAAAUUUUUCAUGGAAGAUGACAGCAUUUCUAUUAUCGAGUUGAAAGAAGCCAAUAGCGGUAUUGUUCAAGGUACAAUUCUCUCCCGACGCCAGGUUCCCAAAAAAUCUGAUGACGAUAAAAAACUGGUUUUGCUGAAAGAUCUUAAAAUUGGUAAUGAAGUAUUGAUAUAUGGCAUCAAUUAUCAUAUCAUCGAUAUGGAUAGAGGAAGCCGGUGCUUUUUCAAAGAAAUCCUUCAUGAAAACGUCCCUGAACCUCUGGAUUUCCCUUUGUCGAGUACUUGUUUUUUACCCCAUCAGAAAAACAAUCCUAGUCGCACUUUCACAUCAGAUGAUAUGGACCGAAAGCGUGUAAUAGAGCAGCAGCUCACUGGAAUUUACUCGAAGCGUUCUAAUGAAGAUAUUUUAAUUACUCAGCAAUUUUUAAAAAAUGGAAUUAAUGAACACUUGUCAUACUUAGCUCUCUGGGAUGAUCGGGGCAGCAUCAGUGGUGAUUUGCAUUUUUGUGUCAUUAGGUUAUUUCUUGAGAAUUUUUCCGUAGAGGUGAUGGAGCAGAGACGUGAAAAUAGUACUUGUUCUGGUGGUAAGGUCCUCAUAAGCCGUCAGAGAAUAUCUAAACCGGGAUGUGAUAUCGCUAAAAGUAAAUUCCAGGAGCAUACGUUCGGUAAAUUGAUGAAAAAUGAUUAUUUAGAACCACAAGAUUUGAAAAUUAGUGAGACUUACAUAAUUUUCGGAAAGCCCUUUUUUAUUUAUGGGUGCGAUAAUAAAACACGAGAAUACAUGAAAGCAAACUUUGAUAUUGACUUGAGCUCAAAUGUUGACAUUACACCUUUCAUGACUGAAAAAAAACCAGAGAUUCUAUUUUAUCCGCCUCCUCCAAACGGAUUUGGAAGUGAUUGGGGGCAGCGUAAUAACUGGUUAACACUUAAUGGUAAUCCUCUAAAGCAGGAUUUAGGGACAAUGAACCCUGAGUCUGGACGAGUGUUGAUCUUUAUGGCGCGACUGGCAAAUCCCCUUGUCAAGGGAGAUGAGAGAAGAGAGUUUGCAAUUGUGUUUCACUGUGACACCAAAGAACUAUGCAUCAAUGAGAAGUCACAACGUAAUUCCGGCUUUUUAGGUGGCCGCUUUUUAGCAAAGGGGGCUCACCGAAAGGAACUUGCCAACGGUAUCACUGUUCCAUUUGAAGCAGACGAUUUUGUCAUCGGAAAGUGCAUUACAAUUUACAAAAGAAAUUUUUUGCUUAGUGGAAUCACCGAAGGAACUAAGCAAGUUCUUGAGGGAAAGGAUGAACUUACGACCGAAGAUAAAAUCAAGAACCUCAUUUCUCUUUUUAAACAUCAAAUGAAGUUAAAGUUCACGAAAGCCAGAGAGGCUUACCUGGCUUUAGCACCGCAGGGUAUUUUUGGCUAUAAGCAAAUCAAAGAUUUCUUAUAUACUUGCAGUUGUAACAUAAGUGAUGAGGAGUCUAUUUUUAUCGCGCAGAACCUUUUUCCAGAUGGUGCCAAUAUAUUAUCCUUCGACACAUUUUUGAAGAUGUUUAGUGAGAUAUCAAGAUCGGUGGAUGAUUUUCCUUUCGCAGCACAUUAUACUGGAAAUGUCAACAUGUCUAUUAAUGAGUCUCAAAAGGAAUCUAUUUGGAAAAGUGAAAGUGAUUACCGGUGCAGUCAUUUGAAAGAAUUUUUGAAGGAAAAAUUAACACAGAGGAAAGGUGUUAUUCAGCAACAAUUUCGUCUCUUCAGCGAGUAUAGCCUAAAUAGCAGACUAAGUCGGGAGUCUUUUCGAAGAACUUUACGUGGUAUAAUACAUUCUGGUAUGGAUAAGGCUGACGAAGACAUGUUGGUGCACAUGCUCUUUGAUGGAGUCGAAGAUGAUAACAAUGAGAUUACGUACAAGCAAUUUCAGGAAUUUCUUGAAUAG